AUGGCAGAUAUUUUUGAUUACGAUUUCAGUGAUGAAGAGGAAGAUUGCACAUCGGACCAUACAAUUUCCGAUAUUGAUGAUUCAGACGAGAGCGAUGACGAGUUGUCAAGUUCUGGCAGCCACAAAACAGGUCGAUCGUUUGUUGGAAAGAACGGAACGGUUUGGUCUUCCAUCGUACCGCAAGAUCGAGAAUCGAGUGGAAUGUUUGAUGAUUCCAAAACCGGACCUGCUGAACAUAUGCGAAAUUUGAAAAGUGCUUCACAAGCGUUCAAGGCGUUCCUGUCGACGGCAAUCAUUGAAGAGGUAGUUCUCCGUACAAAUCUAUUUGGAGAUCGUUAUUUCACCGGAAAAAAGAAAGAUUGGAAGCCUGUGACUACCAAUGAAAUCUGGGCGUUCAUUGGUAUCCUCAUUGCUGCCGGUCGAAACCAUCAAAACCACAUGAGUGUUGCCACUAUGUGGUCGUCGAACCGAGCAUGGUCCAUUGAUUUUUAUCGGUUCGGCAUGUCCAAGAAUCGAUUCAAAGAUAUCUACGUCGUUCUGCGAUUUGAUGAUGUCACGACACGUCCAGAUCGAUUCAAGCAUUCGAACGAUAGACUGGAACCGAUCCGAAAAAUUUUUGAUAUGCUCGUACAAAAUUGCCUACACAACUAUAUUGCUCCCCGAAAUCUCACCAUUGAUGAGCGUUUGUGCCUCUUCAGAGGUCGUUGCCCUUUUAGGGUGUACAUCAAAAGUAAGCCUGGACGAUACGGCAUCAAAAUUUGGAUCUGUUCCACCGUCGAUGGGUACAUCACAAAUCUUCAAGUAUACACCGGCAAGCUAGGAAAUGUUCCUGAAAGAGGCCAGGGCAUGAGGGUGGUUAAGAACCUGGUAGAACCCUUCCAUGGUACGUGGCGAGAGGUGACGGCGGAUAACUUGUUCACCACUACAGAGUUGGUCGAUUUUUUGUGGGAGAAUAAACUUAUAUACGUCGGCACCAUGCGGGCAAACAAGCCAGUGAUUCCUCCGGAAUUCCUGGCAACCAAGGAUCGAGAGCCCGGCAGUUCUUUGGUGGGAUAUAAAGAACAAAAAUCGCUGUUGUCGUAUUACCCGAAGAAGGGUAAAAAGCCGGUGAUAAUGCUCUCCACCAAAGUGCAUGAUGCGCAAGACAAGCGAGAAGACAAACCAGAGGUCAUCAAAUUUUAUAACAAAACCAAGGGAGCAGUGGACGUUGGUGACCAGAUGACCAGAAACACAACAGUUUCCAGAAGAAGCCGAGUCUGGAGCAAAAAACUUUUCAUGGAACUGGUUGACAUUGCUUGCCUGAAUGCGUUUAUAACGUUUACCACCGUGAAUUCCGGCUGGAAAAGGCAGUCAAACGAGAGGCGGUCUCUAUUUUUGCAGUGCUUAGCGGAGGAACUGACGGUUCCCAAUAUGAGAGAUCGGUUGGAAACCGGACACCUCUCCACUGAGCUCACAGCAGAAAUGACCAACUUUGUCGAUGGCUGCCAAAUGGGACAAAUCUGUAUCAACUGCAACGAAACCGCAGAAACUAUUUUCGAACCGAAUCCGGAGAACGAUCCUAGCAACAACCCGCGGGAAUACGGCAAAUAG